AUGUGGUAUUAUGUGAAUGAAAAUUGGGCCUUUUAUACUGAGGAAGAGCAGAAUGAAGUCAAGCGGAAUAAGCCACAAGAUCCAACUCCAUCACACAACUCGACCAAGGUAGAUCAGAAUGAAGUCAAGUGGAAUAAGCCACGAAACCCAACUCCAUCAGACAAUUCGACCAAUGGAAGCUCAUAUGAAGUCUCAAAAAGUGUAAACACAUCUGGGGUAUCUUGUUGUCAUAUACGGGAACGACUCAUUCACUUGUUGGCAUUGAAACCAUUCAGCAAAUUCGAGCUAUUUUCACGACUACAAAAGGAGGGAAUUCGUGACGAUGACCGCUCGUCCAUUAAAAGCAUACUCAUGGAUAUUGCUACAGUCCGCAACAAUGUAUACCGCUUACGUGGGCAUGUGUGGGAAGACGUGAAUGGAAAUUGGCCCUUCUAUACUGAGGAUGAGCAGAAUCAAGUCAAGCGGAAUAAGCCACAAGACCUAUCUCCACCACACAAUUCGAACGACAGCAGCUCGUGUGGGAGCCUGAGUCCACUAUCUAGUCCCACACAACAGAUAGACAGUUUGGAAUACGAAUAUUUACCACCACCAAAGAAGCAACGUAUAAGUCGUGUGAUCCCUAACAGUAAACAUGACGUCGCCAGCUCCAGCAGAAUCGGUAACAAAUUUGAUAAUAAUAAAGCACAGUUCAGUAGCCAUUCGACGAAGAAAGAUCGUAGUGAUAUCACUAAUCGUGCCUUGGUCAGCUCCAACUCAAUCAAUAGUAACAUAGCAAUUAACAACUCAACGCAUCGCAAUAACCAUUGGACGAAAAAUGAUUCUAAGGAUCAAGUAAAUGACAGCUCGAGAAGCAAUGGCGACCAACUUAAACUGAAUAACGAUGGAAAUUCAAAACAGCAACGAACUGAACCCCAAAGUGAUCUGCCAAAGAAGAAUGGGAGUCUAACGGAGUCAGCAGCACCAGCGACAAAAAAGAAUUAUACAUUGAUUGAUAUUUUCGGAGAUGAUAUUACAAACCCUACAAAGAGAACUACCAAAGGCGGGUCUAAUAAAAGGAAGGCUACAAACUCUGACCUACAGCAACAAACUCAACCUGAACGCAACUUGACAGAGAGGACUGAGAGUUUGGCGGAGCCGGUGGCACCCGUCACUAAAAAAGAAUAUAGGUUGAUUGAUCUUUUCGGUGAUGAUAUUGGGACCCCUACAAAAGUAACGACCAGUGACCGGGAAAAGCGGCUUAAAAAGAAGUCUUCAGAUCAAAACUUACGGCGCCAGACACAACCCCAAUUACACUUGUCAGAGAAGAGCGAGAUUUUAACAAAAUCCAGAAAUAAGCAAAGAAUUAUUGAAUUAUUUGGAGAGGACUGGGAUUAA